AUGCCACAGAACAUAUUUGCACUUGUCAUCGAAAUUAGACAUGCUGCUGGACUAUCGCUGCCAGAUGGUAUCCCGGUUAUUGCUCUUUGCGACUUUGAAAACUCUCAAAACUGGGUGUCGCGAGGCUUAGUUGAAUAUCUUUCUUCGAAAAUUACUGGAGCGCCAACUCAUCACCCGCAACUUGACCAUGGGCUCGUCAAAAUACGCUGGAACUGUGAAAGACUAAAGCAAUACGAUCAAGAGGGGUCAUUUCUUGUGGAAGCUAAAGCCAAGUUCAAGAUAGUCUUCGGUUGUGGGCACAUGAAACGUGGCGGUCAUAUUAUAUCUACAUCUCGAAGUUUCCCUUCCUCCAACUCGACAAGGCUUUUCCAAUCUCGGCGAUCGAAGACAGAUCCUUUUCUUUCGAAUGAAGUGACAAGAGCAUUCCAUGAAGGUGUGAAGAGUGGAACGUUGCUUCGCCUGAAACAAGUUCCAUCUGUUAUUUUGAAUCAAACCUUAUGUGAUUCUGUCGAGGAACUGGAGAAGUCGCUGGAAUUUGUCAGCACGUCGAACAAUCUUGUCGAGCAGGCUUUAACAAUAUCAGACGGCCAGACUCUAGAUGAACACAUGGCAGAGUUAACAAACCUGAUUCCAACAUUUCCACCGGUAGUGGCUCACUCGUCAGGUGAUUCUGACACAACAGAGCUGUCUGAAUAUACGCUACUCUCAACGAAUACUUCUCUCUCGACAGGCAGCCCACAAAUCAAACAAAUACCUCGUCUAAGUCUCCUUGGUCGCCACCCAGAUGUAUCUCUGAGCGGGCCUGAAGCCCAAGGUGACCCACUUUAUGAUUGGCAAAAUCAGUCAACAUUUGAUGAUCCAGCUCGAUGGUUUUGCUCUCAGAUCCCUGAGAGUAAAUACGAAAACAGUUCUAGAUCUGCUUCUUCUGCCAAAGGAUCGGCUACGCCACGGACAGCUACUCUGGAUGAGACGGCACAGUUGGUUCUCGAGGAGGCAGGAAUUGUAGCUGAUCAUGAGACGUCUUUAUAUUGGACUUGGGACAAAGACGCUCAUAGGUACAAGCACUUUGAUGAGGGGUGUGAGGAACCAGUUUGGUACUGCCCUCCCGUAACUUGA